UCACUUGGCCGACAACCAAGCGCCGGAUGAACACAUGUUGCGAUUCCCUUCCAUCUCUAUCUCAAUUUCUCUCUCUCACUUAAUUUAUGCCAAUUAUUUAUGAUAUACUUAUGAUAGUCAGUCAUAUAUUUGUUAUAUAUAUGUUAUUUACGCAAGUAAAUGAUAUUAUCUAAUACCAUAAUUCAACCAUACUCUAGUUGUUCUUACACGCAUUUUUUAUAUUGUUGUAAUAUCUUUGGAAAUUCAACAAUAUCAAAAUUCUGAUCGAUAAGAAAAAACAACAACAAAGAUUAGAUCAUUCCUCUUUGUAAAAUAAACAAAACUUUCAUUCGAAUUUAUCUUGGUGAGGGAAAGAAAUAUCUAGAAUGGUACGGAAUCAGUCGGAAUCUUUUGAAGUGCCAUUGGGCGAUCAGAAAUUUCAAAGAGGUUUCGUUACGAAUGGCAGUCAAAGAAAAACCCGACACAGCACGCAAACAGCUCUUGUCGCGAUGUCAGCAUCUGUUUGGACUGGAGGAUCCACCGCAUAUGAUGCUUUUGGCCGAAACCGUGAUGACACUAUUUUAACUCUUGAUGGAUUCAUGUCUGACUUCCAAGAAUCUGAGACUGAUGUUGACUUCAUUGAAACAAGCCCAUCAUCUUCAACUAAAUCGUCUGAUAUGUUUUUCAAUUCAAUAUCAUCUUCAUCAAACGAUGGUGGUCAGUUGUCUGAUUUGGACUCUUCUGGAGUUCACAGUGGUAGUUUUUCAGUAAGUAGCUCACCAAAAGUGAAUAAUAGCAAAGAUUCUGAUAGAGAUUCAGGGCGCCUCUCCAUACCUGAUUCUGCCAGUGAAUAUUCUUUGACUGAAACAAUAUCAGCAUGGGAUAUUUCAAUGCCAUCAGUCUCACCAGUUACUUCACAUUUAAAUCUACAUUACUCGGAAGAUGAUUUGAGCAAAUAUGAAGACAAAUCAGGUAAAAAAGACAAGAUUCGUUCAAGGAAAGACAAAAUCAUGAUGUCUAUUAAAACUUUUAAGAAGAAGAUUAUGAAAUUGUCAAAAACUAACCGAGAACCUGGAGAUGAAACAGAUACUUCGAAGCCUUCUGAGGAAUCAUUAUAUCAGUGGGUAGUGGAUACUCUGUCACAACUAGAUAAUGGAGGUAGUAAUUCUGAUAAUGAGCAAAAGAUGCUCUCUCGCUCUACUAAUGUUGUACCAAUAUACAUUGAAUGUCUGAAAAAAUGCAUUGAGAAGAAUCUACUUUCUUGUUCCACAUCUGAUGUAUACUCAGCUACUCAGUUUGAGAAAUUCAAAGGCUCUCUUAAUGAAAUCAAUCCAAUUUCCUAUGUUCUUCAAAAGCUUAAAGGCGACUUGCGUAUAGCAGAAGAAAAUUUUGUUCUUGAAUACAUUAAUAAGCCCAACAGAGGAAUGAUUUUGAUGGUUCAUUUGCUACAAGACAUCCAAGUGGCUGGAAUGUCUCUAUCAGAAACAGCCUCUUUAAUGGCAAACCAAGGACUCAUGUAUGAUGAAUAUCAACAACAACUGGAUGAUGAACAUGACUGUUUGCUGUGUCUCAAGUACAUGUUGAGGUUCAAAACAGCUAUUCAUAAAUUUUUGGAUAUCCGUCACAGUCUUGAAACAGUUUCACACAGUUUAAUUAAUGGUAUAAGUAAAACCAAGCUGGCAGCUCUCCAGAUCUUUACUAUCUGCUUAACUGAAGUGAAUGGCCUCAAUUGUGUCUUGGAUACAUUUUCCUACAUUUGUUUCAAGUUUGGGGAACCCAUGCGCUUUAAACUACUGAUGAACAUGUUAAAGAAUACAACUUCUCAACAACUUAGCUUCCAGGUGGCAUGUUUGAAAUUUGUUAAUAGCAUGUUAAAUGCAACAUCAACCCUUAAUCAUCGAGUUUUUCUGCAACAUCAGUUGCUGGCAGCUGGCUUAGAUAUUGAUUUCCUAGAAAAGCAAGAAACUGAGGGAAAUGGUUGCGAGUUGGCAGAGCUUCAUCAUGAAAUUACUAAUUGGAAGACCAAUUUCAUCAAUGUUGAAAACAUUCAAGAGGAACAAAUAAUGGCUGAAAGCAGAAAUUCAAUUCUUCGUCGAGAGGUGGAUAUUCUUCAAGCAAAAAUGAAAAAUAUUCAAAAUGAUUUUGAAUCUUCAAAAAGUCAUCUUACUGAGGCCAGUAAAAAAUCAAAAGAUUAUCAAGAAAGAGUCUUUGAAUUACAAGAAAAAAUGGAAACAUUAAUGCAAUUAUACGAAGAAAAAACUGGACAACUUGCAGGCAAAAAUAUAAUUGCAGAUGUAUUGCGUUCUGUGGAAUCCCCAGAGUUUACACCAGUGCGUCGAGAUAGCUCUGCUUCAGUUACUUCAGCAGUAACAAAUGUUAUUCCUGCUCCUCCACCAGUACCACCAAUCAGGGAGAAUAACUCUAAUUACUCAUCCAAAAGAAAAUUUGAACCGAAAGUUAAUUUACCAGUCUUGAACUGGCUCCCAUUGAACAAUGUUCGAAAAACAAUUUUUGAAGAACUCAGUGACGAUGUCAUAUACAAAGAAAUUGAUUUCUCUGAUUUUGAAAGCAAAUUCCAGAUUUCUAAUAAUAAUAACAAUGCCUUCAACCGAUCUUUUAAAUCUGUUCGCAAAUUGAAAAACAGACUGAAGGUGUUGGAUAAUCAUCGUGCGAGAAAUUUAGUUAUAACUCAAAGAAAGAUUGGUCAUUCUGCCCAUCAAAUACGUGAAUAUAUUGACAAAUAUGACACCAAAAGUCUCCAUGGAGACUAUGCGGAACUUCUAUUAAAAUAUGUGCCUACCAAAGAUGAAGCAAAGAUUCUUUCCAGAUAUUCCAAAGACUAUUUCACUUUGGACAUGUCAGAACAGCUUAUGUAUCAGUUGUCUCACAUUGAUAGAGUAGAGAACAAAUUGAAAGUGAUGACUUUCAUGGGACAGUACCCAGAUAUUGUCAACAACCUGAAACCACAAAUUACUAAAAUCACUGAAUGUUCAAAAUCUCUAGCAGAUAAUGCAAAACUGAAGAAAAUUUUUGAGAUUAUUUUGGCAUUCGGUAACUACAUGAACAGUUCCAAGAGAGGUUGUAUUAAUGGUUUUAAACUGGAAUCAUUAACAAAAUUGUGUCAGAUAAAAUCCAAGGACAACAAUCAAACUCUCCUGGAAUAUCUUGUUGAUAUCAUUUGUUGCUAUUAUCCAACAUUAAUAUUCUGGUAUGAUGAUAUUGACUUGCACAUAAAGAGAUCAGCUUCAUAUCAAUCCAUUGCUGUAGAUAUAUUUACCUUGAGAAAAGGAAUCGAUCUGAUGAAGUUUGAGAGGGAGAAAAAUACAUCUAUCAAUGAAACGCUUGAAACAUUCUAUAACAUGGCAACAACAGAGAUGCAUACUGUAUGGGAAUCAUUUAAAUUGAUGGAAGAAAGUUACAAAGAUAUCUGCUCCAAAUUUGGUGAGAAUUACAAGAUAAUUGAUCCGGGUCUGUUUUUUAGUUACUUCAGUGAUUUUGCCCAGCAUUUCAAGAAAGCUCUGGAGAAGUCAUUUGGCAGUAACCAAUUAACAGCUGAUUCUAAAUCUUUCUCAAUGAGUGCCAUUUACCAGCAGACAGAUUCUGAUUCUACAUCAUCUGGUGGAUUAAAUGCUCUGAAAUCUUCCCAAACUAGAAGAUCUUACACCAAGUUUAAACAAGGAGCCUUUUCUGCAGGAUCUCGAUAUGGAAGCAAAAGAUAUAUUAACUCCAAUGAAAGAAGAAAAGAAGAGAAGAGGAGAAGCUUAAGACGAGAGAUUCCCGUUUUAACAAACAGCAGUAAUUCAAAGCAAUACCAUUCAGUUCGCUCAACAAGAGAAUUGCAGAACUUAGUGGCUAGAGGCCUUCGAAGUUAUAAGUCUCUGUCUUGUCUUGCAGAUGUAAACCUUUCAAAAACAGCAAACAUCAAGGAACAAUAUGCUAACAGAUUGAAUAAUGACUUGUCUUCUCAACACAUCUUGCCAGUCCAAUAUGAUUACAAAGGCAUAGGUAACAAAAUAACAUAUAUACAUUUCACAGACAAGCAGAUGCAAAAGGACUCAGAUAGUGAUGAAGUAACUUGUCUAUAGUUUACUUUCUUUUCUGACAGCAAUAAACCCUACAAUAGUCUCCACAUUUUCUUUCAGUGUAAAGUAUAUGUGCUGCUAUAACACGAAUACAAAUGUUUAUAUGCACAUAAUGCUUAAAAAAAAAAGAAAAAAAUUGUAUAUAUUUGUAAAAUUCUGUAUAUUUUUGCAUCAAGUUGUACAUGUAUAGUUUGCAUAUAUCUUUAUGUAUGUGUUUGUGUGUGUAUAUAAUGUAUGUGUGUGUAUAUAAUGUAUGUGUUUGUGUGUGUAUGUAAUGUAUGUGUUUGUGUGUGCAUGUAAUUUAUGUAUGUAUCAUCAUUUUACAUCAGCAGGUUUCUUCCUGGAUCAUUUCACACUUUUGCCCAAGUCGUCCUUUAUAAGCUUCACAUGUCUGUGUUAGUGUAAGUCUUCUCUCUUACACACCACAGCUAAUUCCCAGUUUUUCUCUCAGUGCACUUUUGCUCUGUUAUUCAUAUGCUGUUAGCAUAUGUCUAACAAAAUAUGCUCAUCUGAUUUUUUCCUAGCCUUCCCAUUCAAUACAUGUCUCAAUACCAUGCAACAUUGCACUUUGUACACAAUAUUUUGCAUUUGUAUUGUUUCACUAUCUGCUUUGAUUUUUUUUUUCUUUCUUCAAUGGUCCCUUAAUUAAAUAUAUUAACACUAAUUUAACUAUUGUUUUUCAUGUGGAUGGCAACUUUUGAGUUGUAUAUUUUCUAAACAAUUGUAUAAUUUCCUGUGCCAACAGAUGUACAAUGAUACAGUGAUUCCUUCAUUAAGACUCCAAUAAAUACAGUGAAAGCUAUACUCAUGAUGAGCUCAGAAUAAUAUCAAAUCAUAUCUGGAGUUGUCUCCCAUAAAAAAAGAAAGAAAAAUAGUUAUUGACUAACUGAUAUUAAUUUUACCUCACUACAUCAUUAUUUAUAUUUUGUUUUCUAGUGAUUCCUGUACUAAAUAUAUUAACUCAAACUUUAUUAUAUUAAUAUAUCAGAUUGGAAGCUUAGUAACUGAGGGGUUAGUUUACUUUUUACUACUAACCCUUAGAGCAUGAGUUUGAUUUCUGUUCAACAUACUACAUUUUGUACUUAGAUAAAGUAUAUUACUCUACUUGCCCCCAUUUAAGCUACCUGAUAAUAGGUUCUAUUUGUGCUUUAUGAUUGUAUGGUUAUCAUUAAGUAGAACAUCUAACAGUUUAUGCAAAUAUUAACAUUAUCAGAUACAUGCUAAACAUGCUAUUGUAGAUACAUGCUAAUCUAUAAUGUUGUUAAAUUAGCUGGAAAAAUCAGUUUCAAAUUGAUAACAUUUUUUCAGCGAGUGAGUGUAUGAAAUAUGGAAAUAAAAGCCAGUAUUAAACACAGUUACAACUAAUGUGGUAUACUAAGAUAAGACUCAUGCAUUUCCUUUAAAAAGGUCAAUGAAAGCAAGAGUUGAAAGAUGCUUGUGUUUUAUUGACAUUCUUUGAGAAAAGACAAAGGAAAUGUUGCUGUUCUAUUCCUUGUGAAUAUAGUUAGUAUAAAUGUAUAAUUACUAACUAGUUCAUAAAUAAUUCCUCUUAUAGUAUAAAUUUUAUAGACAUUCAGUAAUAUAUCAAGCUACAUACUUUUAUUUGGUUAUGUUUAUAAAGAAAUAUAGAUACUUUCAUCGCAAACCAACUUUUUCAACCUACAUUUUUGUUUUCUAUACCUAACAACCAGACCAUGGCUAACUAAAUCUUGAUAUUUUUGAAACAUUAAAUUGAGCUAUUGACUAUCUUUUAUCUUUUACUUGUUUCAGUCAUUGGACUGUGGUCAUGCCUUGAAGAGAUUUUAUUCAAACAAAUUGACCUCAGUUCUAAAUUUUUUACAUCUGAUAUUUAUUCUAUUGGUCUUUUUUGCCAAACCACUAAGUUACAAGGAUGUAAACAAACCAACACUAGUUGGCAAGCUGUGGUGAGGAACAUAAACCCCAAAACACGCACAUAUUUAUAUGUCUUUCAGUUUCCAUCUAUGAUAUCUACUCACAAAAUUUUAGUCAAUUUGUCAGCCUGGGGCUAUAGUAGAAGAUACUUGCUUAAAGUGCCACACACUGACAUUGAACCCAGAACCAUGUAGUUGGGAAGCAAAUUCCUUACCACAAAGUUACACCUGUUAAAUUAAAGAAUAAAACUUCCGAUUUGUGGAAAUUAAUAAUUAUUGGAAUUAAGUGAAAUAAUGGUGAUGUGAUAUAUCAAAAAUGUUAGAUCUCAGUAUUUAGUUUCAACCCAUCAAGCUCUGAAUUCAAAUUCCACUGAGGCUGACUUUUCGUUUUUUAUCACUUUGAGAUUACGAAAUCAUGUACAGUGCCAAUAUACUGAUGGCUGAUUCAUUUAGAUGUUAUUAUACGUCAUACGAAAAUAAAACUGUUAUUGCAUCAUCAGUUAUUAACUUAAGUGUAUUGACCUUUUGAAUCCACAAAUACAUUUGACUCUACUUCAGAAGAUGCAAAAGUAAUGGGCCAGAUGGGUUUGUGUUUAUGGCUGAAAAUAAUAUUUUUGCUAAUUAGUAAACCAUAAGCACAUGUGGCCAUGUAAUUUUGUGUCUUUCUGGGGGUACAGUCUAAAUAUGCUAAAGCAUAUUAAUAGUUUCAAAGGGUUAAAAGGUACCAAAAACGUAGCUUUGUUCUCUUAUAAAACAAACAAGUAAAAAUUUAGAUGGUCAGGAAUUCCAGUCAACAAUUAGUAGCUUCAUUGAUUAUUCUUUUUACCUAAAUUUCAUUAUUUUAAUUAAUGGGCUGUCUGGUAUAGAGGUUUCGAUAUUUUGCAUGUAGGUUGCAAAGCAAUGUUGGUACUUGCGUUUUUUGGGGGAAAUAAUCUCCUUUGUAUUCAAUUGAAAUUAUUUCAACUAUAAAUGUUUGAAAUGAAAAAGGAGUUGUUAACUCAUUAAUGGCCAAUGUCCCAUUUUGGAGACAGAGAUUUUAAAUUUAAUAUAAAUAACAUAAAAACUUUUGUUUUUAUUAUAUACUUCAUAUUUAUAAUAUUUUCCAAGUAUACCAUUAAAAUUUGCAUAUAAUAGGAGAAAUAUAAUCAAAAAGGCCAUAGGAGCUAAGAAAUGUAAACUUUUAUAAAUAAUAUUCAUAGUUGAAUUAUAACCUUUAAUGGGUUAAAUUCUAAAGGCUAUUUUAUCCUCAUUCAGAAUAGAUUACACUUUAACUUAAAAAUCAGUGUUGACAUCACAGUCAUAAGAACAUAAGUUCAAGUCUUAGAUCAGGUAGCACAUCUUUAUUUCAAAUUGCUCCAGUCUACUCAGGUAAAACUGAGUACCAACCUAGGCCUAGUGCAGCCCUUUCUUUCUGCAGGGUCAAGGGGUGAGAGGGUCAAAAGGGAGCCUGUGUCUGCUUGCAACUUCAUAGGGAUGGAAAACAAUCAGCAAAAGCAUGGUACAUGUUAGCUGGUCAUAUUUGCUUGUGUGAAGGCUAUGAGAGUAAAGGUUACAUAUUUUCAAACACCUAAUUUGAAAAAGCAAGAGAAAAUACAAAUUUCUAAGUGAUGCUUUGAAGUAGGUUAUAAGUUUAUCUUUCUAAAUUAAUAUCAACCCUCAUAUUCCAACAGGUUUUCUCCACCUUUCAUUGAUUAGCUAGACUGAUUAAUUUUUUUUGUGAAAUUUAUUCCUUUGCAAUAUCUUAUUAGAUAUUUCAAUCCAUUUCUUUUCAGAUUAUUUAUCUUUGCAAUGACUCUUACUUUAAGAGUUUUCCUGUUUUAGAAAAUGUUUAGUUAAAAACUGAAGCAUAUAUAAUCUCCAGUAUGAAAAAAAUCACCUUCAUUUCUUUAACUCAUAUUCUUUUAUGUUGGCACAUAAGUGUGCAAUAUAGCAUCUCUAUGUAUUUUGAUCCUAAUAUCUCAUCAGUGAAACCCGUGUCUUCCUUAAUCUACCUCUAGCACAGGUACUUCCCACUAACAACUUAUAGUACUAUGAUUUUUUUUUUUAACCCAACAUGAUCAUCUAUAUCAAUUAUGUGACUGUAUCUGUGUUCUCACUUCUCUUAUAUAUUGGUGCUCAAUUACUUUCUUAAUUUGUUUGCACACAUACUAUAUAAGAACAAAUAUUUACUUUAAUUUUCCAAUCUAUUUACAGUACUAACAAAUUUUUAUUUCCAAUUUACUGUAAAAUUUUGAACCAGUCAUUUGUAUAAAAAUUGUAUAAAGAAAAACCAACUGUAUUGAAUAAAAAAAUAUAUGAUUAAGUUAAA